AUGCCACAAGGUAGCGAUAAGUCACAGUGGAUAUCUGUCUGUAAACCAACGGGUAUUGCUUCAAUUUCUCCUACAAAUAAGCUGCAUUUUGAGGAUUUGCCUAAAGAUAUUCAUCGAGUGGAUUUAGAUCAGUUAGAGACUUUGUUGAAGGAGGAGUUUUUGAUAAUUUUUGACACUAGACCUUUCAAUACGUUUUCUGUAUCGAGAAUCAAAGGAGCAAUUAAUAUGUGUGUGCCAACAACACUUCUAAAGAGGAGCUCAUUCAACAUUCCUCAAAUACUAAAUUCCAUUAGCAUACCUUCUGAUCUUAAAGAUUUGACUUUACUGAAGAUUACUACUAAUAAUUUAGAUGCACCUAUGAAGGUAUUGGUGUAUGAUACUGAUAGUUGUGAUAACCACACAUCUUUUCUGUUAUAUACGACAUGUAUGAAGUUUCGUCAGUAUAAUCAGAAUGGGUCAAAAGUUUUUGACAUUUACUUCUUGGACAAUGGUUUCACGAGUGUGAGCAAGCUGGCAAAUUUCGUGGAAAAUAAUUCAUCAACCUCUUCUAGUUCAUCUCCAACUGUCAAACAACUGAGUUGUUUGUCAGGGUUCCAAUUACCUUCAUGUACUCCAUCGAAUCAAAAGUUCCUUUCAAACAUCAAAAAGAAUAACUUACCGAAACUAAGUAUAAAUACCACUAAUGACCCUUCGAAUGAUCUUGAUAACGGGAGUGAUUGUAAUGAUAACUUAGAUAGUUAUCAUUAUAAUUUCAGGAUUCCCGAUAUUUCACAACACGAAUCUGAAAAGCUUCCAGGGUGGUUAAAAUUCUUCGCUGCAAAUAGAACAUCACCCAAUUACAAUAUAGAAAUACUUAAAACUAUAAAUUGCAAUUUUAACAAAAUCGAAAAAUCAGAGCAAGCUAGAUUAAAGACAGCAAUUUCAAAUCACUGUCCUGAUAAUCAUGUUCCCAACAUUUGUUCUCCCAGUGCAUUAUGUCCUGGUUGUGAUAAUACUUAUUACAAAAUUCCAAAGGGGAUUGAAUAUGGCUUCAAAAAUAGGUAUAACAAUAUUUGGCCUUAUGAACAUUCCCGUGUUAAGUUAAUCAAAUCGCCAAACCCUUUGAAACUAGAUGAUUACGAUGAUUACUUUAAUGCCAAUUACAUCAAUUUCUCUAAAAUAUCAAAUCUCAAAUACAUUGCAACACAAAAUCCAUUACAAGCUACAUACGAAGAUUUCUGGAAAACUAUAUGGUCUAAUUCUAUUAACGUAAUAAUUUGCCUUAACGUUCAGUUGCCGGCAAACAUGGUUGGUCAAGAAAGGAAAUACUUUGAUGACCAAGUAUUUAAAAGAUCUGGCAUUAAAAUUAUAAACAACGAAUUUAUUGAGCAAGAUUUCUUUAACGUCAGAAAAUUAACACUUGCUAAGGACGAUAAGACAAGACCUAUUUAUCAUUUAGAAUAUAAGGAUUGGCCCGAUUUUGGUGUACCUUCCUCGUUUGAAUCUGUUACAAAAUUAAUAGACUAUAAGAAGAAAAUAAUCGAAGCUGAAAAUUUAAAUGAACAGGCUUUAGUUCAUUGCCUGGCAGGCUGUGGUAGAACUGGAUGUUUCAUUACGUUAGAUAUGGUACUUGAUUGUUUCAAUAAUAUCAAGAGUGGUAAUUUAGAUCCGUGGGGUGAUAAGGAUUUGGUAUAUAAAGCUGUUCAAUAUCAACGAACGCAAAGAAUUUCAAUGGUACAGAAUCUAGAUCAGUUCAUUUUUUGCUAUGAGUUCAUCUUAAAUUACGUUGUGCGUAAUCUUAUUUCAAGUAGGAAUGCCUAA